AUGUCUUAUACAUUGACAACCCUGUUGAUUCAUGUUGAAAAUCAAAAUCCCGACGUCCAAACACGAAUUAAUCUUAAAGGUAUUGCCAUCGGCAACGGUUGGACAGAUCCUUAUCGACAGUACGAAUACGGACCAUUGCUCUAUCAGAUCGGUUUGAUUGAUGAUCAACAAUUGUUCUAUUUUAAUCUUCAAUCGAGCCUUCUCCGCUAUGCUAUUAGUCAAAAUCGAUUUUUGGACGCAUUCUACAUAUCUGAUGCUCUGAUUGAUGGCGAUUUAAUUAAUACAACAACCUAUUUUGCACAAGUAACCGGUCUAAAAUCUUCUUCGAACAUAUUACUAACUAGCGAUCCACCGGGCAUCUUUGAUUUCGUUCCAUUUAUCACACAGGCAUAUCGACGAAAACAAAUACAUGUCGGCAAUAAAACAUUUAACGAUGGUGUACAUGUCGAAGAGCUGAUGAUCAAUAAUAUCUUUCAAAGCGUUCCCGAACUAAAACUGCAAGUACUUUUUGAUAAUUACAAAGUACUCGUCUAUAGUGGACUUUUGGACAUCACUUGUGCUCACAAAUUAACACUCAAUUGGGUUUCGGCUCUUCAGUGGUCACGAGCUGAUGAAUUUAGACGCGCACCGAGGCUCAUAUGGAAGGUCGAGCCGACCGAUGCAGAAGUAGCCGGAUAUGUUCAAACAGCUGGCCAAUUUACUCUAGCAUCUAUUCGAAAUGCCGGUCAUAUGGUACCCAGUGAUCAACCACGUGCUAUGUUUGAUUUACUUCAACGUUUUCUUCUUCACCUUACUUUGGAUAAUUGA